UCUGAUGGCAACACCCGUCUGGACAUGUUUGAGCACAUCAGCCUCAUGACCCUGGAGAGUCUGCUGAAAUGUGUCUUCAGCUUGGACAGCAACUGCCAGGAGAAGCCCAGAGAAUAUAUUGCUGCCAUCUUGGAGCUCAGUGCCCUCGUAGCGAAACGGGAGCAGCAGAUCCUUCUGCACUUAGACUCACUGUACCGCCUCACUGCCAAUGGGAGGCGCUUCCGCAAGGUCUGCCGCUUGGUACAUGACUUCACAGAUGCUGCCAUCCAGGAUCGGCGCCGCAAUCUCUCAGAACAGGGUGUGGAUGACUUUCUCAAGGCCAAGACUAAGUCC